AUGCAGGCAAAUAAGUUUGACUCAUCAGAUGAAGAGCCCUUGGAGGAAGAACAAGCACCCUUUCAAGUAUCCUGGUUAGCCUUAUCACCAACCAAUUCCCAAUUUCUGGGAAUAUGUUCACUGCCAGGUUGCCGAUUCAAAAGUAUUAGAAGAAGCCUUCAGAAAGACAUAGAUGAACUGAAGAAUUAUGGGGUGCAAGAUAUCUUUGUACUCUGUACCAGAGGAGAACUUUCAAAGUACCGGGUCCCACACCUCCUAGAGGCAUAUCAGAACCAAGGGAUCACUGUACACCAUCACCCUAUACCUGACGGAGACACUCCAGAUAUUGCCAAAUGCUGCGUGAUUCUAAGAGAACUGCAAAGCUGCCUUGAAUGUAAUCGGAAAACCUUAAUACACGGUUACGGAGGGCUCGGAAGAUCCUGUCUCAUAGCAGCUUGUCUCCUGCUUCAGAUAUCUGACACAAUAGUCCCACAGCAGGCCAUAGACAGCCUCCGAGACUUGAGGGGUUCAGGCGCAAUACAAACCAUAAAGCAAUACAACUACCUCCAUGACUUUCAAGACACCCUGGCAGUCCAUCUAACAACAGAAGGUGCAACAGCAAGAUCAGUAUCCCGAUAAAAGCCAGUGAGAUUGGAAUUGAGCAGCUUCUUAUAUGUUCAUGUUGCAGUUUGUUUGCUUUGCGUACACAGCUGAAAAUGAAC